GCUCGCGAACGCGCGUGGAGCCGGGCGGCGCGAGGCAUGGCCGGGUGGGUGUUCUGUAACCGCUGCUUCCAGCCGCCUCGCAGCAAGUCGCGCUUCAGCCUGACCAACUGCGGCCACGUGUACUGCGACGGCUGCCGGGGCCAAGGUAAAAAGGAUGAAUGCUUGAUUUGUAAAGUUCCUUGUCGUACAGUUUUUCUUUCAAAAAAUACCGAUGCCGAGAUUCAGGCGUUCUUCAUGGGCAUAGACAGUCUGUGUAGGAAAUACUCCCAGGAAACCUCCCAGAUUUCAGAGUUUCAAGAAAAACACAGGAGGAGAUUGUUAGCCUUCUACAGAGAAAAGAUUUCUAAGCUGGAAGAAUCCCUCAGGAAGCUGGUGCUACAGAUAGAACAGCUGCAGAGUGUGAGAUCUUCACAGCAAACAGCUUUCGGCACAGUUAGGACGUCAGUGCCCCCCGCUCCAGCCCGGCCCAGGGGGUGUCUGCUGCUGCCCACGGGCUCAUCGGCCCCUGACAGGGUGGAGUCCAUGGAGGUUGACCUUACUCCUUCUCCAGUGAGAAGACCUCAGCCCGAGGUGGCAGCCGGCCCCACGCGGAUGUCUCUGAUUAGCCCACCUCAAGAUGGACGCAUGGGCAGCGUCUCCUACCGGGGCCCUCAGCAUCUUGGCCUGACACCACAUCAGACACACCUGUCAAAGGCACUCAGGAUCCCACCAUUGCAGAUCCCCCAGAAGGGACCCGCACAGACCCCAGCACCCCAGGCAGCAGGCAGAGCAGCGAGAGGAGGCUCCCCUGGCCUCGGUGGCUCCCAGGCGGCAGCGCCCAGGCCGCCCAUCAGCAUCUCCGGCCUGCUGCAUAGGCCGUGCCCAGGCAAGUGUCCGAGGCCCAGCCGCGCGUCCAGUGUCCAUACUCGUCUAAGCUAAUGAACUCCCCCCGGCGUAUGCUUUUAAUUUGGCAUUUGUGCUCUCACCGUCCUCCCAGUGUGAAAUUCUGGAGCCUUCUGGAAGACAGAACUAACACCCCCAUGCUUCCCGCAGGGUCUGCUCGCCGUGGGGGAGUCACACACAGAUGAGCGGGGCCCGUGGCCCCCACCAGCCCCAGCAGGUGUACCCUGGAUGAUUUCCUCCAGGUGCCACUAAGUCAUGUGACCAAAUAGUUACUUCUCGGGUUACCUGGGGCAGCACAAGCGUGAUAUGCUUGAAACUGCUCCUCUUACUGCCUUACAAUGAGUGCCCACACGGAGCUGGCGCUGUGGCCUGCAGCACCUGCAUCCCAAUGGGUGCCGGUUCAAGUCCUGGCUGUUCCUCUUCCAAUCCAGCUCUCUGCUGUGGCCUGGGAAAGCGGUAGAAGCUCCUGGCUUUGGCCUGGCCCAGCACCGGUCAUUGUGGCCAUUUGGGGAGUGAACCAGCAGGUGGAAGAUUCUGUCUCCUGCUCUCUCUCUUUAACUCUGCCUUUCAAAUGAAUAAGUAAAUCGUUUUAAAAAAUGAGUGCCAAAUGCUGAUUCCUGCUGUGGGGGGAGAUAGGCCUGUUGCAUGGGUGAGCGCUGGCAUGACCACCAUGGCAGGAGGAUUUCCCCCGAGACAGGCUGCACCUGAGCACACCUCACAGGUGUGGAGCGGCUCCUCAGGCAGGAGCAUUAGCAGGGAGCAGAGCAGAUGGGACCCCCAUGGGGGGCACAGGGGCCCCAGGCGGCAGCCUAACCAGCUGCGCUACAGCACUCAUCCCUCACCUUGCUUUCUCAAACGGGGUUUAUUGGGGCUGGCACUGUGGGAUAGUGGGAUAAGCCUCCACGUAUGGUGCUGGCAUCCCAUAUGGGUGCUGGUUUGUGUCCUGGCUGCUCCACUUCCCAUCCAGCUCUCUGCUCUGGCCUGGGAAAGCAGUAGAAGAUGUCCCAAGUCCUUGGGCCCCUGCACCCAUGUGGGAGACCCGGAAGAAGCUCCUGGCUCCUGGCUUUGGAUUGGCCCAGCUCCGGCUGUUGUGGCCAUCUGGGGAGUGAACCAUUGGAUGAAAGACCUCUCUCUCUCUCUGCGUCCGCCUCUUAAAUAAAUCAAUCUUUAGUAUAUGUGCUGCUGAAGUGAGCACAAUAAAUCAAGCUUUUGAAAAAAACCGACAUUGAUUUAUUUACUUGAAAAGGCACAGAGAGACAUCUUUCAUCCACUGGUUCACUCCACAAAUGGCCACGACAGCCAGGGCUGGGCCAGGCCGAAGCCAGGCACUCCCAUCAGGGUCUCCCACGUGGGUGCAGGUGCGCAGGGAGCCGCACUGGAAGUGGAGCAGCCGAGGGGUUGGGGGGAACUGGCUGAUGGGGACGCGGUGUCACAGGUGGUGGCUUAGCCGGGCACGGCACACAGCCCUUGCCUGCCUUCCUAACGUAAGCUUUGAUGCCGUGGUUUUCGUAUCUCUUGCUCUGAAUUUUAUUGUUUUUUCACACCUGAGCUUGCCCUUGGCCAUGUGUGUGCCGGGCGUCUGGCAGAGCCGGCGUUUGCCGCGCUCGGCCCCUUUUCCAGUGGCUGUGUUGAGCAUCCAGGUUGCACAAACCCCGCUCAGCAGAGGCAGCCAGGGCAGAGCUCCCCACCCAUCGGUGGUCGCCGGAACCCUGGAGUCAGCCUCAGAACGAGCGCAGGCCCUGGCAUGGAGUGGGGUGCAGCGAGGGGUGAGGGCCAGUGGGCAGCAGUCCCCAGUGCCAGGGCACCAGCGGCAGGACCUGCUGCCCUGGGUCAGGAGUGCGCUGAGGGCUGCAGAGUUCACACCCGCUCACUGCACUGGUGGGAGGAGGUGCCGGCCACGGCUGGCAGGGAGAAGUCCCCGCGUGGCCCAGAGGCCAGGGAGUGGACGCGUUCCGCGCGGGAGUUCUGACUUUAGAGGAGGAGCUUUGAGGAGUGGCUGUUGUGGCGCAGGCUGAGCCGCCGCUGGGGUCGCCGGCACUGAGUGCCAGAGCGCCUGGUUCCAGUCCCAGCUCCCUGCUACUGUGCCUGGGAGCCAGCCGUGACGGCUCAAAUACGGGGACUCCUGCCACCCACCUGGAGGCCUGGAUGGAGUUCUGGCUCCUGGCUGCUGCAGAAGUUUGAGGAAAGAGCCAGAGGAUGGCAGCUCCCCUCUCCCCGGCACACAGGGAUGGCUGAUGCUGAUGGACAGCUGUCACUGGGGCGUGUGGGUGGGGAGGGCCGCAGCUCAGCAGUGAUGGCUCUCACCACCGAGGCUCCUGUGCGUGUUACUGGAACGUUCUUUGGGAAAGUCAUGAAAUU